AUGCAUCACGACAAAGAGUGUCACGAGUUGUCGGGUUCUUCUCUCCGCAUGCUCGCUCUCUGCGUCACGAUUGGUGCGAUGGACUGGGAAAAUCAGAAGCGGGCCUUGACGACCUUGGACAGGCUGAUGGCCUGGGGCGCGAAUCAGGUCGGCAUGCGGGACACUGAUCCGGACCCUUUCAAUCUGUUCGUCUACUUGAUGAAGAAGCUCGUGGUGAGCAACUUGCGAGAAAACGAGCCGCUUCCCACUCCGCUAGGCUCAAUUGGCCGCUUUACUCGACUUCUUGCGCCGGAUAUUUCGCCGGAGUGGGCGUUUGCCAUUCGCGAUGACUUUGAUGACUGUGAUGACUGGUCUGGAAGGCCCAAGGUUGAGAAGAUGUUGAGGCAACACGGGCUUAUCGAUGAAGAUAAUUACGUCGAAGAGGAAGACAGUGACUAUGUUGAGAGUACAGAGGGAGAUGAAGACAAGAAUGGAGAGAAGAUCGCAGGGGAGGGGCUUGAAAGGGGCACAGAUGAUGAUGAAGUGGAGGAUACAGAUGAGCACAAAGAGGAGUAUGUGUAUGAAUAUGAAGUUCAGGAAUUAGAGGAUAGCGAGCUUAAAGCAUUAUCGGGGUCAGAACUAGGAGAUGAAGACGAUGACCAGGAUGAGAAGAUUUUUGAUGAGUAUAUGGCUGAAGGGAGGGUGUUGAGAUCGAUGGACGUGGAUCUGAGCGUGGACGAGAUUGCGGCCAGGGGCGCCCCUCUCAACGGCAUGAGUAGGAACUGA